GCAGGCUGUUGCUCGUCUCUGGCUCUCUGCAACGAUUCAAUGAUCGUCGUUAAUUGUUAGUCUCUGAACACAUGCGAACACAGUAGCAGAGAGAAAUCGAGAAUGGCAGGCAAGUACACACCAUUGUCGUCAACAAGAUCGGCGUUUAAAUCUCCAAUACUCCUCUUCGCUCUCUCUCUGCUUGCUCUCUCUGUUCUCUUCCUCCUCUUCACUCGCACCCCUCACUCAAAUCGUUACUCGAACGAGAACCACUACUCGAGCCCUAACUUUAAGCCGGAAACCUCCUUUGUGGCAUCUCUUGAGCACUUCCUCACUCGCAAGGCCCCGAGAUCUCCUCCGGCUCGCGACGAUACGAUGCGUUCUGAGGCCACCGAUGAGGAUGUGAAGAGAUUGGACGAUAUGGUGUAUAGGGGAGACGCGGAGCGGAUGAUCGGAGAUCCGUACUAUCCCGUGAAUUUGCCCAUUCGGGUUUACGUUUACGAGAUGCCUAGCAAGUUCACGUACGAUUUGCUUUGGCUGUUUAGGAAUACAUACAAGGACACCUCCAAUCUAACUUCCAAUGGAAGCCCCGUCCAUCGCUUGAUUGAACAGCAUUCUAUUGAUUAUUGGCUUUGGGCGGAUUUGAUUGCUCCUGAGUCCGAAAGGCUUUUGAAAACUGUUGUGAGAGUCCAUCGACAGGAGGAAGCUGACUUGUACUACAUUCCUUUCUUCACGACGAUUAGCUUUUUCUUGUUGGAGAAGCAACAAUGCAAGCCACUUUAUAGGGAAGCUUUGAAGUGGGUGACAGAUCAGCCAGCAUGGAAGCGAUCUGAAGGAAGGGAUCACAUACUUCCUAUUCAUCAUCCCUGGUCCUUCAAGUCUGUUCGUAGAUAUAUGAAGAACGCAAUUUGGAUAUUGCCAGAUAUGGACUCCACUGGGAACUGGUACAAGCCAGGUCAAGUUUCGCUGGAGAAAGACCUAAUUCUGCCUUAUGUCCCCAACUUGGAGUUAUGUGAUACCGAAUGCCUCUCAAAAACUGAAUCAAAGAGGAUCAUACUGCUCUACUUCCGUGGACGGCUCAAACGAAAUGCUGGAGGAAAGAUACGUGCUAAACUUGUUGCAGAACUGAGUGGUGCUGAAAACGUAGUGAUAGAAGAGGGCACUGCUGGAGAGGAAGGGAAAGCAGCAGCUCAGAAGGGCAUGCGACAGUCUAUUUUUUGCUUGAGUCCUGCUGGUGACACUCCAUCAUCUGCUCGAUUAUUUGAUGCUAUUGUCAGUGGGUGUAUACCUGUUAUAGUUAGUGAUGAAUUGGAGCUUCCUUUUGAAGGAAUACUAGACUAUAGAAAGAUUGCAUUAUUUAUUUCUUCGAGUGAUGCUGUACAACCAGGUUUUCUUUUGAAGUUCUUAAAAGGUGUUAGCCGUGCCCAAACCAGAGAAUUGCAAAGGAACCUUGCCAAGUAUGCACGGCAUUUCCUGUAUUCCAGUCCGGCUUUGCCUUUGGGUCCAGAGGACAUGUUUUGGAGAAUGAUGGCUGGAAAGUUGGUGAAUACCAAACUUCACACUCGCAGAUCACAGCGAGUGGUGAAAGAGUCUAGAAGUAUUUGUACUUGUGAUUGCAGGCGAGCCAACAGUACAGUCGUCUCCCCCGUGUCUUAAGGUAUCAUUAAGAACUCUUUCUCAGUUCACAUUUAUUCUUCCACUAAUGGGUGCAAGGCUGCUAGUUUAACUGUAAUGUUAGGUUUAUAGCCUGCCAUUUUUGGAAUGUACUGUAUAUUUACAGUUUUAUGUCGAAUAUCAAUUUUGUUUUUUGUGCUCUUAUGUAUUUACUUAAUUUCUAGACCCCAUUAGGCUGCUUUUUGCUUCUUCUUAGUGGAUUUUUAGAAUGGGUGAAAGAACAGACUUUUAUCACCCAUGCUGAAGCUAUGCAAGAAAAAGUGAUAUCAGAAUUCUUUGAGCAGCAGCAACAAACCAUGCGCGGUUAGGGUUGGUUAAGAAAAUUUGCAUUUGGCUACCGGCA